AUGAAAAUUAAACAACAAGCACUUGUUCCGAAUGUUGAUCGAUCGGAAGAAGACUUGGAUUUGAUGAGGAUUGAAAUUCUGAAAUUACUAAUUGUUUAUGUAAAGAGCAAGACUAGUUUGCUAUUCUUAUUAUUUAAAGAUGAAUAUCAGGAUGAUUAUUAUUACAAGAACAAGAAUAGGAUAUUUAAAUGGUUGAAUAAUUUUAAAGUUGAUGUUCAAGGUCGGAAAGAAUCAUUGAAUACUAUAUUGAAUAAUAAUUGGUUGGAAUUAAAUGUUAAAUUUAUUGUAAAUAGUUUGGUAGAAUCUUUGGGAGGUGGAGUGGAUAUUUUGACCACACUCGAAAAAUCUCAAUUUGUACAGUUAAUGACGAUUAAUAAGGAAUUGCCAACAAUUAUUAAAUAUCUGAACGAGUUGAAAGAUGGUCAACCAAUUCCAAAAGAAAUAUUGAUCUAUCUUGACAAAUGUGGAUUUAUUUGGGGUAAAACCAAAACAUAUCACGAGUAUAUUUCAUUUAUCAUCAAACAAAUUAGACUAGUUUUAAAAUGUGAAUCAUAUAGAAAAAUCUACCUAAAGGGAAAGAAUGAAUUUAUUCCUGUGGAACAUUUUCAAAAUGCAGAAGUAACACAGCCAUUGAAAGAAAAAUUUGGAAUUCAAAAUUGUUUAUGGAUUCCUGGAAUUUAUGAAAGCAACUCACUUCCAUUGACAAGUGGAGGUAUUAGUAUUUCUGUGAAAGGAUUUGGAGUAUUCAUUCAAUUACAUUCACUUCUCAAGGAUAAACAAAUAUAUUAUUCUCUCGAUAGAAACGAAUUGAUAUUACACGAAAUUAUACAUGCAUGUAGGGAAUGUGUUGGAUCUGAAAUGUUUGAGGAAGAGUUUGCUUACUCUCUUUCACCAAGUAGACUUAGGAAAUUGCUUUCUCCAAUUACAAGAGGUUCAUCAGAGUCAUUGCUUUUCUACUUGAUUUCAAUCAUUAGUAUCACAUCAGAUCUUCCAUCUUUUCCAAGAUGGUUUGCCAGAGUAUCAAAGAUACCAUUCAUAAUACUGACACUUAUUGGAUUGUUUCGUCUAAUGAGAAGCAAACAAUAUUUAAAUGGUGCCUUCAACUAUUUAACGGUGAAACAAAAUAUUUCGCCAUCCACAGCUUCAUGCAUUCUAUUUAGAUUAACAGAUGAUGAAAUUUUAAUGCUCUUCAAUCUUUUCAAACAAAAUUCGAAUACAGGAAUCAGAGAAAUAGUAUCAAGAAAAUUAGAACAAGGAAUUGAUAUUAAUCAGAGAUGGUCAGUUAUUGUGGAUAGAUUUCUUCCCUCUUUUCAAAAUGUAUCAAAAUUAUAA